AUGUUGAUCAAAGUCAAGACGCUAACCGGUAAAGAGAUCGAGCUCGACAUCGAGCCGACGGACAAGAUCCAGCGCAUCAAGGAGCGCGUCGAGGAAAAGGAGGGCAUCCCGCCCGCGCAGCAGAGGCUCAUCUUUGGCGGCAAACAAAUGCACGACGAAAAGACGGCAAAGGACUUUGGCGUCGAAGGCGGCUCGGUCCUGCAUCUGGUCCUCGCGCUCCGUGGCGGACACCUCUGA